AUGGAGCUGCGGGCGUUCCGGAGACUGGAGGAGAACACCCAGCGGAUCUCAGAGGCUAUCGACGAAGCCGAACCCGACGGUGCUCCCAACUCUUCGAGUCACGGCGCUGGAGAGCCCCUCGUUCAUCAUGAUGGCGCUCUGGUUCGGCGGGCCAAGGCCCAGCGCCGGGCUCGCCGCAAGCCGCAAACACUGGCCAUCAAGAUGCCUACCAUCCUCGCGCACCCGCCGGCCCGCCCGCCGCUCUCGUCAGCGCUCAAGCAGAAGCUUGCUGACCACGAUCUCGACAAGCACUCGCCCGACAGGCGCGCCGCCCGUUCCUCCGGCCUUCGCUACCACUACCCGCCGGCUCUGCCCGAGCUUUUUGACGACCGGACCUUUGAGCUCUACACACCCGACGAGUGGCUCGCCCGCGGUGGCCCGGCUGGCCCGCCCACUGCCCCGCACGCCUUCUCGCCCUUCCUCAACGCCGCCGGCGAGUACGAGUGGCACCCGUGUGACGUUGUUGACUAUGACCCCGUCUCCAACACCUUUACCAUCGAGUUCAAGCCGUCGCGGGUGACCAAGCGCGUCAAGCGCCUCAACCUGCUGUUUGCCGACGAGCCCGACGCAAACUUUCGCCACCGCCUCCUCGCCGCCCGCGCCGCCCGCCGCUCCGCCGAGGCUACCAUGCGCUACCACCUUGUCGCCAAUCGGCUCCCCGACGAGAUCCUGCCGCCGUCCGCAGACACCAUCGCCGCCAUGCUCCGCCGCGCCGCGCCGGCCUUUCCACUCUCGGCCAUGUCCACGCUCGAGGCUCUCCUUGACGACAUCGUCGCCCACUACAUCUCCACCAUGCGCCGCGCCAUCUUUGGCUACACCCUCAAGUCAUCUUCCGAGCUGCGGGACCGACUCGCCCCGCUCGGCCUCCCGCCGCUGCCAGACCCGCCGCCGCCGCCGCUCUACGGUACCGUCCCCUGCCCGCCCUUUGACUUGCCGGCCGCCGUCAACUGGGCCUCCGCACAGCUGUUCUUCCACCCACGCAUCAACUACGUCCUCCAGACCCUCUUCACCUUUGCCCAGAACAUGGACUCACUCUGCCUUGUCGACCUCAAUCUUCCGCGUGCAGCCCUCCCGCUCGCCAUUGGCGACUUUGAGGACUUCCAAGCCCGCCACGCCGACCGCGUUGCCAUCGUCCUAGACGACUGGGCAAAGAAAAUCGUGCUCCUUUGCACCACCGUCCUUGAAGACGAGGCCGACAAGACCUUUGACUUUCACGUCGCCGCCCUCGCCGACCUCGACCCGCACGCCGCACGCUUCAUCCUCCUCCUUCGCCUCAUCAUGCGCGAGCACCUUAUCGUCGCCGUCAACACCACAGCCGCACGCUACGCCGCCUUCUUCGCUGCCUACGACGAGCCCGAGCUCUCUACACUCACGUCGACUUUCCUCACUCAGAUCGCCGACUCGGGCUAUGACGGCGAUGCCGGGAACGGCCUCACAGGCGGCGACGGCGACGAUGAACACGAUGUUGACGACGGCAACGCCGGCGACGACCAAAGCGCCGAAUCUCGCCUCCCGCGCCCACCCGGUCACCCGGCGCCUUCCCGUCCAUCCGCCCGCGCCCGUGUCCGCGCUCGCGCUCGUGACCGUGCCCGCUCUCGCCCGCGCUCCUUCCACGACUACAUCCAUGCCAUCUCGAGCCACACCCCACUUUUCCUUGUCUCGCUCAUGGCCACGCCCAACUCGGCAUCGGCAGCCGUCGCCGCUGUUCCUCUGCAGACGGCGACACAGGCAGACGGGACAGAAUCUGACGGAGAUACGGUAGACUCGGACGCCGAGUCGGUUUCGGGCACAGGCUCGGCCUCUCCGGAGCCACACAACGCGGCAGACUCCUCGGAUGUCACCUUUACCAUCCCACAGCUCCUCUCGCCGGCCCCCAAGCACGAGACGCCGUUGGAGGCACUCAUCCGGUUCUCGCCGCCGCUCACCGAGCUCUCGGCCCGGGUCGCCACCACCUUUGACACCUCGCUCUCGCUCAUCGAUCGUGUCACCGCUGUCGAAUACUCGCUACUCCCGCGGGCCUCGCUCUCACUCCCCCAUCCGCCGCCGCCAGUCUUCCCGGUCGACCGCUACGACUCGGUCCUCCUCGAGGCGACCCGCUCGGUGGCGUCGACGUUCAACUCGGGCCUCUGGGGCCCGCGCCGCCUUGCCCGCCUCUUUGCGCCCUACGCCUACAUCCUCGCCCUCACCCCGCAGUCGCUGGCCGCCACCCUCACGUCGGCCUCGCCGCCGCCGGCGCUCGCCGACCUCAAAGCCCUAAUCGUCAAGUUCCGUGCCGCAGCCGCAAACGUCGCUUCCACCACGCCAGACGCCGUCACCUUUAAGCUCCUCCGCGUCGACACGACCCACCUCAAGUCGACCAUUGCUGCCCGCGCCGCCAAGCUUGCUCGCGCCGUCCUCGCCUUUAUUCUUCACGGCGCCCGUCGCAACAUGGUCUCUCUCUGUGCAGAGUUUGAAGCCAUCCACGCCCGCAUCCAGGCACCGGCCGCAUCGCCGGAAGAGUGGGCCCAGAUGCAGGUCUACUGCAAGGCCUGCGACACUGCGCUAACUCAGCACGCCGCCGCCAUCGAAGACCUCAAGGCGUCAAUGGACACCCUCUACACCUUUUCCUACCCGGUCUCUGCAACCGUCCAGUCCUCGUUUGUCACCACCCUCAUGUGGCCGCGCGAAGUUCGCCUUGCCCUCGUCGACCGUGAAGUUCUCCUCCACGACGAGCGCAACACGCUCCUCGCCACCGUCGCCGCCCAGGCCGCCGCCCUCAACGCCACCAUCACCUCCCUCGCCAAGGACAUUUCCGCCCUCGAGGACCUUGAUGACAUCUCGGCUGCCGCCGCCAACGCCGCCACCGUUACCGCCCUCCACCAGGCCAUCGCCGCCGCCCGUGCCGAUCGUACUCUCCUCAACUCACGCCAGGCCCUCUUUGAGCUCCCGGUCCUCGACUUUCCGGUCCUCGACGCCCUUGCAGACUCGCUCGAGCCACACUACGCGCUCUGGCCCAUCGCCGCUCAGUUUGCCGUCGACGCCGAGUCGUGGCUCGAGGGCUCGUUCAUCAAGCUCGACGCUGCAGCCAUCACUUCGCGUGUCGAGUCGUGGUCGCUCGCCGUCAACCAGCUCUACCACCACAAGUUUGGCUCGUCGCCCGGCCCGGCCGCCGUCGCUCGUGCCCUCAAGCUCGCCCUUGACGACUUCCGCUCACAUCUCUCGCUCGUCAACGCGCUCCAUGCCUACAUUGCCCCGUCUGACCGGUACUGGGAGCUCAUCAAUGAGCGCCUCGCAGGAGCAGAGACACCGCUUCCGCCGCUCGCCCCCACCCUCAAUCUCACCCUCAAGUCGCUCCUCGACGCAGACUACAAGACCGCGCUGCCAGACAUCCUCGCUGUCGCCGAGCUUGCAGGCUACGAGCGCAAGCUCCAGCGCGACCUCGACCGCAUGCAGGCUGCGCUCAACAAGCUCACCUUUGACAUUUCUGAGCACGCCUCGACCCGCGCCCCGGUCCUCCGCAACUCCGAGGCUAUCGCCGAGCUGCUGGAGGACCAGCUCAUCAAGACGCAGACCAUGCGCUCGUCGCCGUUUAUGCACGAUGCGCUGGAGCGCUCGCUCACCGCCUGGGAGGCCGCCCUCAACACCACCCAGGAGUUUCUCGACGUUUGCAUGACCGUCCAGCGCUCGUGGCUCUACCUCGAGCCCAUCUUUGGCUCCAAGGACAUCUUCGCACAGAUGCCUGCAGAGGGCAAGGCCUUUGCCAAGGUCGACUCUAUGUUCCGCGCGGCCAUGAAGCGCAUGGCAAACUCGCCCGAGGUCGGCAACCUCCGCUCGCGCACCUUUCAGCUCCGCGACUUUCAUGCGGCAAACCUUAUUCUUGACGACAUCCUCUCCAAGCUCAAAAAGUACCUCGACGCCAAGUGCGCUCUCUUCCCGCGCUUCUUCUUCCUCUCUUCUGAGGAGCUGCUCGAAAUCCUCUCGCACACCCGCGAUCCCGACGCCGUCCAGCCGCACCUCAAAAAGUGCUUCGAGAACAUCGAGUCGCUCACCGCCGCCCCGCGCCCGCGCCCCGCGCUCGUCCCAGCCUCGGCCACCGAGCUCUCACCGCCGCCUUCGCCAUCCUCCGAAGGCGAGUCGGUCCCGCUCCUCCCGCCGGUCGUCCCGUCGACAUCGGUCGAGUCAUGGCUCUCCGACCUCGAGACUGCCAUGCGAGCCGCCGUCAAGUCGCAGCUCGCCCUCUCACUCGCUGCCUCGCCAUCGCCGCGCACUGAGCGCGCCGCCUGGCUCCCCCACUGGCCCGGCCAGAUCGUCCUCGCCGUCGCCAACAUCAUCUUCACCGAGGCCGUCGAGUCGGCGCUCGCCGUCCUGCCUACCCAGCGCGACGCACUCGCGCCGGUCAUUGCCGCCGCCGCCGCCAAGCUCACGGAACUCAUCGACCUCGUCCGGAGCGCCGAGCUCUCGCCUUCGCUCGCCAUAACGCUCCAGGCCCUCGUCACACUUGACGUCCACCACCGUGACGUUCUCGCCGCCCUCGACACCGCAGACUCGCCUUCGUUUGUGUGGGAUACCACCCUCAAGUCUUAUUACAACUACGAUGCUUCCGAGCUCACCAUCUCUAUUCUCGCCGCAUCGCGGAGCUACGGAUACGAGUACCUCGGCAACACUUCGCGGCUGGUCAUCACCAACCUCACCUCGCGGUGCUACGCCACGCUCAUGAUGGCGCUGCACUUUAACCUCGGCGGCGCGCCGCAGGGCCCGGCAGGGACCGGUAAGACCGAGACGUGCAAGGACCUCGCCAAGGCGCUCGCCAAGCAGUGCGUCGUCUUCAACUGCUCUGAGGGCCUCAACUACAAGGCCAUGGGCAAGUUCUUCAAGGGCCUCGCCUGGGCCGGCGCCUGGGCUUGCUUUGACGAGUUUAACCGCAUCGAGCUCUCGGUCCUCUCGGUCAUUGCCUCGCAGAUCCUCACCAUCCAGCACGCCAUCCUCCUCAAGCGAUCGCACUUUUCGUUCGAGGGCGACUACAUUGCGCUCGACCCGUCGUGCGCCAUCUUCACCACCAUGAACCCGGGCUACGCUGGCCGCACCCAUCUGCCGGACAACCUCAAGGCGCUCUUCCGCCCGGUCGCCAUGAUGACGCCCGACUACGCCGCCAUUGCCGAGAUCAUUCUCGUCUCCUUUGGAUUUGCUGACUCGCACACGCUCGCCGCAAAGGUCACUGCCACCUUCCGCCUUGCCUCGGAGCAGCUCUCGUCUCAGCACCACUACGACUUUGGCCUCCGUGCUGUCAAGGCCGUCCUUGUCGCCGCCGGCGCGCUCCACGCCGCUGCCCGCACUGCAGGCCCACCGUCGGCCUCGGUCGAAGCCGCUAUCGCCCUGCAGGCGCUGCUCGACUCGAACAUGCCCAAGUUUACCUCGGACGACGCCCUCUUGUUCCGCGGCAUCGUCUCCGACCUCUUCCCGGGCCUGGCCUCGGCAACAGCGUCAAGCAAGGCCCCGGGCUCGGCUCUCGCGCGCGCCCUCCGCGCCACCAUGGCUGCCGCCCAUCUUGCGCCAUCGUCGUUCAUCGUCUCCAAGGCGCUGCAGCUCCAUGAGACCACCGCGCUUCGCCAUGGCAUCAUGCUUGUGGGCGCAUCGGGCUCCGGCAAGUCGACUGUGCUCAACACCCUAGCCACCACCCUCACUGCAUCAGGCUCGCACGUCUCGGUGGCGGUCGCCAAUCCCAAGUCGGUCUCGUCGGCCCACCUUUACGGCAAGCUCGACCUCGAGACCCGCGAGUGGUCCGACGGCAUUCUCUCCCAGCUCGUCCGCGCCGCCGUCCGCGGCCCGGCAGACACCUCGCACUGGAUUGUGCUCGAUGGGCCGGUCGACCCUGUGUGGAUCGAGUCGCUCAACACCCUCCUCGAUGAUAACAAGAAGCUCUGCCUCUCGUCGGGCGAGAUUGUCAAGCUCACGUCCAACGUCACCAUGCUGUUCGAGGUCGACUCGCUCGCGGCUGCCUCACCGGCCACCGUCUCGCGCUGUGGCAUGGUCUAUCUCGACGCUGCCGACCUUGGCUGGCAAGUCCUCACCGACAGCUAUGUGGCGACCCAUCUCCCUCCUGCGCUGGCCUCCGCGACUCAUCUGGUUGCCCGCAUCAAGGCACUUGUCCACUCGCUCCUCUCUCCGGCGCUUUCGUACGUGGCCGCCGCCUCGCCCGACGCACUCGCGCCACUCGAUGCAUGCCUUCAGACUCAGCUGGCGCCUGCGCCCAACGCGCUUGUGAGCUCGUUCCUUGGCCUCUUUGACGCUCUUCUCUGCGAGUGGCGCGACGAGAGCCACAGCACCAUUGCCGAGCGCGACCGCAAGACCUGGAUCGAGUCGGUAUUUGUCUUUGCCCUCGUCUGGUCGCUCGGCGCUGCCUUUGCCUCGGCCUCAGCACGGACUGCGUUCUCCGACUUUGUCCGCUCGCUCACCGACCCGUAUCGCGGCGGCGGCGGCGGUGGCGGCUCUAGCGGAUCCGCGGCCACGGGCGGCCAGGCACAGGGCGGCCCGGCUCUGGUGCGGCCGUUCCCUAACGACGGCACCGUUUAUGACUACGCCUUUUCCAAGGGCGCCGUCCGCUGGGUCUCCUUCCUCACCGCCGCGCAGGACGAGCUGCUCUCGGCAGCCAUUGGUCUUGUGCCCCACUCGCUCUCACCCGAUGAGGCGUCGGAGGACCAACUCUCGUUCCGCGACAUCAUUGUGCCGACUCCGACGACGAUUGCCACCUCGUUUGUUCUUGCCACCCUGAUCGGCUCGACAAGCCCCGCGCCGCUGCCGCGCCGACCGCUGGUGGUGGGCGUGACCGGGACCGGUAAGUCGCUGCUGGUUCGGUCGACGUUGGCGCACCUGUCGGCCACCGCGCCCGAGGCUACCGCCUCGCUCGCCAUCAACUUUUCAGCGCACACGCCGGCGUCAGAGCUACUUGCCAUCAUUGCUGGCCGGCUGACCAAGGCUCGCAAGGCAGUGUACAGCCCUGCGCCUCCGGCCUCGCGGCUGGUUGUUUUUAUCGACGACCUCAACUUUCCCGAGCCCGACGAGUACGCCUCACAGCCGCCCCUUGAGCUGCUGCGCCAAGUCAUCGACUCGGGCGGAUGGUACGCCGCGACCAAGGCCGGCCACGAGUUCCAGACCGUUCUGGGCACCUCGUUUGUCGGCGCCAUGGGCCCACCUGGUGGUGGGCGCCAUGAGCUCUCGCCGCGGCUGUUACGGCACUUUACCCCUGUGGCAGUGCCGGAGGCCUCGACGGCGACGAUGAUUGCCAUCUUCCGCGCGCUCUCGGACCGCUACGCUACCCGGUUCCCCCACGCAGUGAGAGCUCAGCUCAAUACCCUAGUCUCGGCCUCGGUUGCGCUGUUCAACGCUGUUGUCACCACUUUUCUUCCCACGCCCACCAAGCCGCUCUACGGGUUCAACCUCCGCGACCUCUCGGCACUCUUUGAGGGCAUUCUGGUGUUCGCAGAUCCGCGGCCGCUCGAUGACUCGCAGUCGGAGCUCCUCGGGCUCUGGGCUCACGAAGCCUCAAGGGUCUUUGGCGACCGUCUUGUGUCGGCGGCAGACUCGGCAGCAUUUUCUGACCUCCUAGCCACCGUCACCCGUGAGCACUUUAAGCGGCCGCUCGGCGCCGUGAUCGACGAGCUCACUUCCCAGACCGACGGCGCGCUGUUGUAUGGGCCACUCAACGAUGCUGGGUCUUACGCGCGGGUCGCCGCGCUCGACCAUGCGACGUCGACGAUGGACGCAUUCAUUGCCGACGCCGCGCUGACGUACCCCAACGACAUGGCGACGUGCAUUCUGCAUCCGGACGCGCUUGCCCACGUCCUUCGUGCCUACCGCGUGCUCUCGCGGCCGCGUGGCCACCUGCUCGCGGUGGGCAUCGGCGCCGCAGCACAGGCACGACCUCUGGUCCUCCUCGCUGCUUCGGUCGCAGGCUACAACGUAUUCCAGGUCCAGCUCUUCAAGAACUAUGCAGUCUCCGACUGGCGCGAGCGGCUCCGUGAGCUCUUCCUCUCUGCCGGGCUCGGGAGCACGCCGGUGGUGUUCCUUCUCGACGACGCGCAGCUGGUCAACGACACAUUCUUGGAGGACGUGAACAACAUUCUCAACCACGGGCUGGUGCCCAACAUCUUUGACGCCAGCGACAUGGCAACCAUCCGGACAACACUCGCCAAGUCGCUGUCAGGGGGACUCGGCGGGCCACCACCAACCACGAGCAGCGUUGGCGCUGCGGUGCCAGGCACUCCUGUCGGCUCGGCCGCCGGUGGUGGCGCCGGCGUGCUCGGUGCAGGCAACCUUGGCGUCGUCGACGAGAGUUUCACCGACGAAGACGCGCUGUUUGCGAGUAUGGCAACAGCAGUGGCUAGCGGAGGCGGAGCGGGCAGUGGCUCGGGCACAGUGCCACCGGCGGCCGCACUCACCAACCGCCAGGCACUGGACAUGCUCACAGCGCGACUGCGGGCGAGUCUGCACCUAGUCAUUACCCUGUCACCGACGACGACCAGCUUUUCGUCGCGAAUCCGUCGGUUUCCCGCGCUGGCCUCGUGCUGUACCGUCGACGUGUACCACCCACUGCAGCCGUCAGCGCUGCGGACUACGGCUGAGGUCAUGCUCGCCGACGUGGGCUCGCUCCCGCGCGACGACGUGGAGCCGAUAAUCAGGGCGAUGCUCGCGUUUCACGAGUCUGCGACCGAGCUGGCGCCGUCGUUUGCGACGGCGACGCGGCGGCAGUACCACGUGUCGUCGGUCACGUUCCGCGAGCUUGUGGGCCUGUUUGGCAAGUUGUACGCCGAUCGGCGGGCGUCGCUGACCCGGGCGCGCGAGCGGUAUCUGACCGGGCUGGAGAAGCUUGCCGAGUCUGCGGCGACCAUCGAGGUGAUGGAGCAGCGGCUGCAAGAGCUGCGGCCGCAGCUGCAGAGCGCGUCGCGGCAGGUCGACACCCUCCUUCGCAAGCUGACCAAGCAGGCGAGCUCUCUGGCCGAGGCCAAGGCCACGGUCGAUGGCGCCGUGGCAGAGGCGUCGGCGCGCGAGGCAGAAGCCAAGGUCAUCUACGGCGAGUGCGAAGACGCGCUGGCAACCAUGUACCCGCAGCUGCAGGCGGCCAACGCGGCACUGUCGCGGCUGAAGAAGAAGCAUGUCGACGAGAUCCGGACGAUGAAGAACCCGCCCGAGGCGGUCAAGGUUGUGAUGGAGGCCGUGACGGUUUUGCUGCGGGUCAAGGUCAAGACCAGCUACGUGAACGGGAUCAAGGUGGCGGACACGUGGCGAGCGGCGCAAAAGAUGCUCCUCAAGCGCGGCUUCAUCAAGUCGCUCCUCGAGUACGAUGCCGACAACAUCCCGGAGGCGCUGAUGGACCGAGUGCGGGUCAUUCUCGAGUCGGAGCACUUUACACUUGAGGCCAUCACCCGCGCUUCGGUGGCAGCAACCUCGAUUGGGCUGUGGGUGUCUGCGGUGGAAAAGUAUCACCGAGUGGUUCAGCUGGUCAAGCCGCGGCGAAACAAUCUCGCGGCGGCCCAGGCGCAACAUGCGAGCGUGCUCGGGCAGCUCAACGAGAAGCGUGCCGAGCUCGACUCACUGGUGGCGCAGCAGGAUGCGCUUCAGGCUGAGUACGACGGGGCUGCGGCGCGGAAGGCGCAGCUGGCCAAUGACGUCGAUCAGUGCGAGGUGCAGCUAUCGCGGGCACAGCGAUUGAUGUACGGCCUCAACCUGGAGAAGCAGCACUGGCUUGACGCUGCGGAAGCUCAGGCGUCUGCGCUCUCGCACGUGGUGGGCGACACGCUCCUCGCGGCAGCGUGUGUGGUGUACCUCGGCCCGCUCACGUCAGAGUUCCGGGCGACGCUGCAGGAUGCGUUUGCGUCGUCGCUGAGCGUUGCGGUCUCACCCGACUACUCGCUCUCGAACAUUCUCUCCUCGCCGCUGGAGAUCCGGGCGUGGCACUCUUUCGGGCUGCCGCGCGAUGCGACGUCGACCCAGUCGGCGCUCAUUGUCAGCCUCUCGCGGAACUGGCCGUUUAUGAUCGACCCGCAGGGCCAGGCCAAGGCGUGGAUUACCGGGCUUGAGCGCGAAGCCGGACUGGUGGCGGUCAACGCCCAGUCCGAGUCGCUCCUGCUCACUCUCGAGCGGGCGAUGCUGGGCGGCGUGCCGACGCUGCUCUACGGCGUUGGCUCCGAACUGGAUCCUGCGCUCGACCCGCUGCUUGCGCGGGCUUGGACUAAGAUCGGGGCGCGCACCGUGAUCCAGCUCGGUGCCGAGCACGUCGACGUCAAGUCCUCGUUCCGGCUCUACAUCACGACGUCGCUGCACAACCCGCGGCUGCGGCCGGAGCUUGCAGAGCUGCUAACGGUGGUCAACUUUGCGAUCACGCCGACGGGACUGGCGGACCAGGUGCUCUCGCUCGCGAUGUCUGUAGAAGCGCCGGCGAUGGAAGCGCAGAACGAGCAAUUGCUGCUGGACUCGGUCAAACUCCGGCAGCAGCUCUCGGCGCUCGAAGACAAGGUGCUCGACCUGCUGUCGACCUCGCAGGGCAACUUUUUGGAGGACGAUGUGCUCAUUGAGACGUUGACCGACUCGAAGCGUGAGCACGAUCUCCUCUCGGUCAAGCUCAAGAGCGCGCAGGGUGUGCGGGCGGAGCUGCGGCAGACGCGGUCUGCCUACGUGCCACUGGCGGAGCUUGCGGCCCUCCUCUUUGGCGUGCUCACUGACUUGGCUGCUGUCGACCCGAUGUAUCAGUUCUCGCUUGAUGCGUUUACCUCUACCACGGUGGCGACGCUGCGGCGGACGCGGACGAGCGACCCGCGGCACCGGUUGACCGAGUUGGCGUCGAACCUGCGGCUGGACGUGUUCCGGGCAACGUGUCGGUCGCUGUACGAGCGGCACAAGCUGCUGCUGGCGCUGGUGAUGGCGUUCCGGGUGUCGACGGCGCCUGUAGUUAGUGCUGCGAGCGAGAGCAAGGCCAGCAACUCGGUGCUCCAGUUUCCGCGGGCGAGCAAGGUGGGGCAAGGUCUCUCGCCGAGCUCGUCGGUGUCAUCGAUGGCGUCUGCAGGCUCUGGCGACGAGGCCGGGGCUGGCGCGCGGGGAGCAUUUGAGAGUGCCGAGGUGGGCAUGGGCGCAGAGCUGGAGGAAGACGUGGACGUGGCGGCCGCGGCGCGGAUGGAAGCCGACGCGCGGCUUCACUUUCUCGCGACCGGCAUGGUCGGGCUUUCGUCAGAGCCGACCGAGUCUGCGAGCGAUCUAGCGGCGCAAGUCGCCGAGCUGCCGUUCUUGACAAGCGAGGCUGUGGCGCGUGCGGUGCAGCUGUCGCAGCUGGCGCCGUUUGCGACGCUGCUCAACCACUUGCACCUCAACAAGCAGUUCUGGCGGGCGUGGAUGGCGAGCGGGACGCCGCACAGCAUGAGCGUGCCCGGCCCGCUCGGCGAAGCGAUGAGCGCCCUCGACACGCUGUUGCUUGUGCGGGCGCUCAAGCCCGAGGGAGUGGUGCCGGCAGUGCGGCACUAUGUGGCCGAAGUGUUGGGGCCGUCGUUUGUGGAGCCGCCGGCAUUUGACCUGGGGACAUCGUUUGCGGCGUCGUCCCCGCAGCACCCGAUCCUGUUCCUCAUCUCGCCGGGGCUCAAUCCCCUUGACGCGAUCACGUCGUUUGCGCACGAGCGUGGUAUGGGUCCGGCACUCGCGGUGUACUCGCUGGGCCAGGGCCAAGGUCCGAUGGCACAGGCGGCGAUUACGGCGGCACAGUCCAAGGGCACCUGGGUAGUGCUGCAGAACUGCCACCUGAAUCUGGAGUGGAUGCCGACGCUUGCGGCGAUGCUAGAGGCGACGCCGCAGGACGUGGCGCCGGGCUUCCGACUCUGGCUCACCUCCAAGUCUGUGGAAGCGUUUCCGGUCUCGAUUGCGCUGUCUUCGGUGACGGUGACGCACGAGGCGCCGGCGGGAGUGCGGGCGUCGCUGCUGGCGUCGUACGGCAAGGUGCAGGACGACAUGUUCAACAACCCGGCUGUUGCGAGCGCCGGGCGCGAGGUUGUCUUCCGUAAGCUUCUAUACGGGAUCAACGCGUUCCACGCGGUUGUGGUGGAACGGCGCAAGUUUGGCCCGCUCGGCUUCACAAUUCCGUACGAGUUUUCCGAGGCGGACCUCUCGAUCUGCCAGCGGCAGCUUGUGGCUGCAAUGGAAGAGCCCGGCGCCGACGGGCGGAUUCCGUUUGAAGCGCUACACUACCUGGCAGGUGAGGUCAACUACGGCGGGCGGGUGACGGACGCGCACGACCGUCGGCUGUUGGCGGCGCUGCUGCGGACUUACUUUUCGCGGGAGGCGCUGAGCUCGGUCGUGCUGCCAGACGAGCCUGGGCUCGCCGAGUAUGUGGCUCACAUCAAAGCGUUGCCUGCGACUGAUGCACCGGCGGUGUUUGGACUCCACGCCAACGCGCAGCUGACGGCGGCGCGAAACGCGACAAGCGAGCUGCUCGCGGCGGUUGUGGUGAUGCAGCCGCGCGACGAGGCAAUGCUAGGGCUCUCGCACGAGGAGGUGCUUGCGCACAUUGUGACACGGGCGCGCGAGCUGGUGCCCAGCUCGCUGGCACGGAGUGGACUCCGUGACACGCUGACCGUCUCGUACGAUGACACGUUGACGACGCUCCUGCUCCAGGAAAUGGCCCGGUUCGACGAGCUGCUGGUGACGAUUACUGACUCGCUGGUGGAGCUCGACGGCGCGCUGCGCGGCGAGUUCCUCUUUUCGGCGCGACUGGAGAAGCUCGGCGAGCAGCUGCGGAACCUGGCAGUGCCGGACGAAUGGCUGGAGGUGUCGUACCCGACACUGGCAGGGCUGUGGGGCUACCUGGAAGAUCUGGCUGCUCGGGUGGCGGUGCUGCGGGCGUGGGCGCGAGACGGCCCACCGGCGGUGUUUUGGCUCGCCGGCCUCUCCUUCCCGCAGGCGCUUCUGACUGCGGUCAAGCAGGACUUUGCGCGGUCGUUUGGGGUGCCAAUCGACCGCGUCCGGUUCGCUUUCCAGGUCCUUGCACCGGACGCAGAGCCGGACGAGCCGCCGCCGUCCGGAGUGUAUCUCUCGGGCCUCUUUCUCGACGGCGGGCGUUGGGAUGCCGGCGCCGGGCAGCUGGUGGAGCAGGUCGACGGCGAGCUCUAUCCACCGUUGCCGGUCCUUUGGCUCCGGCCGUACGACGUCGACGUGGAGGAGCCGACGAGCCGAGCCACGUACGCGGCGCCGCUGUACAAGACAGCGGCGCGGCGAGGCGAGCUCGACACCACAGGGCACUCGACCAACUACGUAGUCUCGGUCGACCUCCCCAUCGCAGCAGCGCGCGACGUCGAGCACUGGGUCAAGCGUGGUGUGGCGAUUGUGGGCCAGUACGCCAGCUGAAACCGGCUUGACGAGCAUCUUUAUUUGCAAAGUGAUGGAUAAACAUCAAUUCCGAGU